UCCUUGGCUCGACGUGUCCUCUAAUUGAUGCAGUUUCCGUUAUUUCCGACGAUCGCGUUUACCCUGAGUCGAUACCUCGGCCGGAGAAAAGAAAUUGUGGAGAACGCGCUAUGGCUACCAGAUAAAUUAACUACUAUCGAGGGACUCGAUUUCAUUUUCAAAUAUGAAUCCAACGGGCCACGCUGUGACCUCUAGUUGUAAUCGCAUAUCUGCUAUCGCCUUGUAACACCCUCGCCAUCCUUUAGGUCAAGAGUACCGUGAGCGGACGACGAUGUUUGACCAAAGAAUCGUAGCGCUCGGUUUCCUCGUGUGCUUCGCGGUGGUGUUCAACUUUUCCCUUCAUCGCAUCGAGGAGGGCCAUGUGGGGGUGUACUUUCGGGGUGGCGCACUGUUGCCUCAAGUGAGCACUCCAGGAUUUCACAUGAUGAUACCGUUUCUCACUAUGUAUCGCUCGGUUCAAGUAACUCUGCAGACGGACGAGGUAAAGAAUGUGCCGUGCGGGACCAGCGGCGGUGUUAUCAUCUACUUCGAUCGUAUAGAAGUUGUGAAUAUACUGGAUGCGAACAGCGUUUACAACAUGGUGAGGAACUUCACUGCGGAUUACGAUCGUACUUUAAUUUUUAAUAAAGUGCAUCACGAAUUAAAUCAAUUUUGUUCUGUGCAUACACUGCACGAGGUGUACAUCGAUUUGUUUGACCAAAUCGAUGAGAAUCUGAAGACUGCGCUGCAAAGGGACUUGAAUGAAUUGGCGCCUGGUCUUAAAAUACAAGCUGUAAGAGUAACAAAGCCAAAAAUUCCGGAAACAAUCAGGAAGAACUAUGAACUAAUGGAAGCAGAGAAAACGAAGCUAUUAAUAUCGACGCAACAUCAGAAAGUAGUGGAGAAGGAUGCGGAGACCGAUCGCAAGAAGGCCAUCAUUGAGGCUGAGAAAGAAGCGCUAGUUGCAAAGAUUCAAUACAAUCAAAAGAUUAUGGAAAAAGAAUCCCUGCAACAGAUGGCUGCGAUAGAGGAUGAGAUGCAUUUAGCAAGACAAAAGAGCCGUUCGGACGCCGAAUUUUAUCAGAUGAAAAUGCAAGCUGAGGCGAACAAGAUACUUUUGUCUAACGAAUUCUUAGAGCUCAAGAAAUACGAAGCGCUGGCACACAAUACCAAAAUAUAUUACGGGCAAGACAUUCCAAGAAUGUUUGCAUUUGGCAGUUGCUUGAACGAUGCCAAUUUCAAAUCUAAUACCAAUAUUGAACAAAAGAAGUUAUGAGCAGUGGAUAGCGCAAUUUGUACCUUACUUUUAUGAUUAUUGCUACACAAGACGAAACGUGAGUGAUCGUGUCCUUUCGCGAAUACCUUUACGAUAAGAGAAUCGAAAAACUUUGGAAAUUUUACAACUUCUAGCUGUGCGCAGGCACAUUUUUUCUAUAUGAAAUAUUACAUAGACUGUACACACAGUUCUAGAAUUUUGGAGUGUUACUUAUUCCUCCAAAUCAAUUGUGUGGAAUUAAAAUUUUGUAUGAAUGUAUUAAAUCUAUGUAGAUAGAUACAUUACCGAUACAAAAACGUGGUCUGUUUUUAUCAUAUAGUUAAAAAAAACGGUUUCUCUUUAAUAUAAGGCGACAUAGUAUUACGCAAUACCUAUACAAUCAUAAGUCAUUAACAUAAAUAAUGACUGUAUAAAAAAGAAUGUUUGAAUUAGGGAUAUGAAUUAAAAAUAAAGUUGCGAUUCGGUUAUAAUUCAGCCUCAAUAACUAUUUUAGCAUCGAUUCUUCUUCAAAGAAAACUGUUUUCUCAAGUGAAAUUUUUAAACAUUUUUCAUCACGUUUUGUGGUUACGAUUCUUCUGAAACAUUUGCAACAGAUAUUACUUUUAUUGUUUGUUGAUGCUCUUAUUAAGUUAUGCAUUUUUUUGUUUACUGAUUUACUGUUGUUGACUGUACUUGAUUUUUUGUACAUAAAGGUGUAUAAUACAUCUUUUGGUGUGUAACAAGGCUCACUUGUGUUGUCUUCUGAUGUAUUAGUAGAGAAUAAAGAAGAAAUUAAUACCAA